AUGACAGCAUCACUACACAUUAGCGAGCAUCCCAUUGUCGCCAUCAAGUUGUCUCAAUUACGAGAAGCUGCAAACUCGCCAAAGGUGGUUCGUGAAUUAAUGCGAGACUUGGCUCUUUUAUUGGGUUAUGAAGCAUCGUCUACUUUGCCCACCUUACGUGAGAAAAAGAUGAUGAGCCCAUAUGAGCCAUUCACAGGUGUCGAACUCAAGCAACGUGUUGCCCUUGUGCCCAUUUUACGGUCAGGCCUUGGACUCGUGGAUGGUUUCCUUUCGCUCUUUCCUGAAGCUCCUGUGCUACAUCUCGGCUUAUAUCGUGAAAAGGUCUCUUUACAACCCGUUGAAUACUACAACAAGCUUCCUCAAAACCCUCAGGUGGAUGUUUGCUACGUGUUGGAUCCCAUUGUUGCUACAGGCAACACCGCUGUGGCCACAAUCAACAUUUUGAAGGAAUGGGGUCUUUCAGGUGAUAAUAUAAAGUUUGUUGGCGUACUUGCAUCUCAGCAAGGUAUCGAUCAAAUUCGAAAUGAACAUCCGGACGUUGAUAUCUACAUGGCUGCUGUUGAUCAAACCUUGGAUGAACAUGGAUACAUUAGACCUGGUCUUGGCGAUUCGGGUGAUCGCUUGUGGAAUACCGCUAUUUGA